UUUUUUUCUUUUUCUGCUUGUGCCUCUUCAAUUCCUGCACUUGGUGAUUCGGCAACUAUUUAAUUGGACAAAAAUGAACGCUAUUGGACUCGGCUCGUUCCGCGCCUCGACGAAGGAUGGCUCGCUUUGUGCCUCGCAAGACUGCACUCACUGCCACACAAGCCGUCCCGGCCUCGCGCCUGCUGGCGGCCCGCGCCAUGUCGACUAACGUGAUUCCGCGCACACACGACCAGAUCAUCGCAAAGCCCGACAGCGCCGCCUGAGUACGUGCUGAGCUCGCUCGAUAAGCUGUAUAACUGGGCGUUUACCGCCUCUACCUGGCCGAUGACAUUCGGUCUGGCGUGCUGCGCUGUAGAGAUGAUGCACAUGGCCACCGCCCGCUACGACCAGGAUCGCAUCGGUAUUGUGUUCCGUGCGACGCCGCGUCAGUCGGAUGUGAUGAUUGUUGCUGGCACUUUGGUGAACAAGAUGGCGCCUGGCCUGCGCAAGGUGUACGACCAGAUGCCCGAGCCCCGCUGGGUCAUUUCCAUGGGAUCGUGCGCCAACGGCGGUGGCUAUUACCAUUACUCGUACUCGGUUGUUCGCGGGUGUGAUCGCAUUGUGCCUGUCGAUAUCUAUGUGCCCGGCUGCCCGCCGACGGCUGAGGCCCUGAUGUACGGUAUGCUGCAGCUCCAGAAGAAGAUCAAGCGCAACCGCAUCACCACCAUGUGGUACCGCAAGUACUAA